CGAGGCGCGGAACGAUCUGUCAUUCACCAGGUUUGUUUUGAUCAGACAAAAGUGUGUUUUACCAAAACGAUCGCUAUUUCAUUCAUUUACUUGGUUUCGGUUUGGUCAACAAGUGAGGCUUGUUAAUUAAAGAACACUCUGGAUGGGAAACGCAGCAGGAUCUGUUGAGUGUGCAUGAGUUCACAUACAGUAGUCCGCUGGAUGCAGCAGAUUGUGUUGUUCUGAGGGUUACGAUCAGGGCUGCUGUCACUGAACAUACAGGGUUGAAUUCAGUGGUGUGGAGUUCUGCUGGUCUCAGAUGGCAGAUGCAUCAGGGAGUGCUUUUGAGGCGGAGCCUCUGAAGGGUGGAGAGGCAGAAGGGGGCGUGUCUAAGAAGAAAAGCUGCACAGAAAAGCUGGGCAUCUCACACCUGACGGGCUGGCGCACGGGUGCCUUCCUCUUCUUUCUCUUCCUGUGCCUGGUUGUGGUCUUCGCCUUUUCAUUCAUCCUUCCCUGCCCCGUACGGCCGCAAUAUUCUUCCACCUGGAACUGCACUUUACCUGACGCAGCCACGUAUGAUUUCCUGGCUGUUGAGGAGGCAAAUGGAGACAGAGUCUUGGACGUGUUGUUCAUCUACAAGGACUCUGAAGCCAGCCGCAACACAUGUUUGAGUGAAGAUUUAUCAAUCCCUUGUCUGGUUUUAACGGCUGUUGAUGGUACUGAUGGAAAGACACUUUGGGAAAGACCUCUAGCUGCUGAAUUUGAUUGGGUGGAGUGUGGAGUAAAGGGUCUCGGAAGUCAAGGAACAGGAUGUCUGGUUGCUCACGCAGAUAAUCUCACAGCUGUUGAUAUAAAGACAGGUGUGAUCAGGUGGCAGCAGUCGCGUUCUACUGUGCUGAACGGAAAUCUGCCGCUGAUUAGCAUUCAGGAUCUGAACGCUGAUAAAGCAGAGGACUUUGCCAUACUUUCAUAUAAUCCUGAAGCGUCAUCAUUCACACCCAUACCGAGCGAGCUGGUGUUUUUCUCAGGAAAGUCAGGUGAUCAGAUCGGCUCGAAGGUGUAUGUUGAUUGGAACGGGGUGUUUGGUCACCAGCAGUUCAAAACGGCCAGUGGCGCUCCAUACCUGCUGUUACUCACAAAAUCUGGGCUCUAUGCGGUCAGUUUGCAACAUCUGGCAGUGCUGGCCGAUCUGGGGUCUACGCUGAAGGAAGACAAAAGCUGGAAGGAAAAAUCUGACAAAAACACUGGAUUGAUCUCCCUCUAUCAGUCUGAUUCUCUGAAGCGUGUGAUGGUUUUUCCUGGCAGUAGUCCUCCAUCACUGCUGGUCCAGACGGACUCCAGCGUGUCACUGCUGCACACAGACACACUGAAGAUGGCAUGGACCACCAACACCAGCACUCUGCUCAGUGUGCCAACAUUUGGGCAUUUCGACAAAGAUGGAAUUCCUGACAUAAUGAUAGAGGAAGACAUUGGCAAUAAAACCAAAAGAGUAUUGGUUCUCAGUGGAAGCUCUGGAGUGGUCCUGUGGGAAGUGAAUCUGUUGUUCUGGACUCCGAGCCCUCGUCCGGCGUCUGUCCUCACACUGAACACCUACUCAGUGUUCAUGCUCUGGGGGCAGAGUCAGAGUCAAGACAACCAGACUAAUGAGAUGCAUUCAUCAUUCCUGCUGCAUCCUCGAUAUUCCCAGCUGCUGCUUGAAAGAAGAAAUCCUGCACAGAACAUUAUCUCUUUUAAGGCGAUGCUGUUGGAGCGAGGCCGCCAUGCUGGUUACCUCGUUCUGACCGGACCAGAUGGACGGCAGCACGCAGAAUUAGGUGAGACGGAGCCAGUGAUUCUGACCAAGCGGAAGAUCAAGGGGGACGUGCCGGAGAGCACCGCUCUGAGAGUAGGAGCUGAUGAGUCGACCUCUGAAGAAGCAGAGGUGAAGGAGGCGUUCUACAGGCUGCGCUUCAGUGAUGCACUUUUCUGAAACACAAUGACAGUUUAUAUUGAAACACUAAUCUUCAACCCAAAGGUCAUACAGGCCAAAGAAAAAACAACAACAACAACAGUGGCUGCAUGUAGAACUUGAAAUGUCUUGACUAUUUUAUUUAUAUAUCUGUUAAUCAGAUCUACUUCGAUCUAGUUUAAACUGUGCUUGAGAAUGAUGUCAUGAAACCCAAGACACCAAAUCAUCAGGGUUUCGUCCCCAAUGCUAUACAACUGCAUUUAUUUUUGACCAUAUUCAUUUAUACAUUUUGGGUCAUGCUGCAUUAUUUUAUGACAAUCAUAAACUACAGUAAAGCAUUUCAGAUUUUUGCAUAGCCAGAGACUAUCAGGAGGUACUUUUAUAUUUAUAAUGAUCAGGGAUUUCAUAUAAAGGUGAAUCUCAUACAGAACAGUCUGGGUCAAGAUAAUGUUGUAAAGGAACAGUUCACCCAAAAAUGAUGUGUUCACCCUCAGGCCAUCCAAGAGUUUGUUUCUUCAUCAGAACAGAUUUGGAGAAAUGUAGCAUUAGAUCACUUGCUCACCAGCGGAUCCUCUGCAGUGAAUGGGUGCCGUCAGAAUGAGAGUCAAAACAGCUGAUAAAAACAUCACAAUAAUCCACACCACUCCAGUCCAUCAGUUAAUGUCUCGUUAAGUGAAAAGCUGCAUGUUUGAAAGAAACAAAUCCAUCAUUAAGGCAUUUUAACUUUAAACCGUUGCUUCUGGCUAAAAUAGUCCAUAAUCCGUGAUGAUUCAUCCAGUGAAAAAAUCCAUCUCCUCUUGUCUUUCACAUCAAAAUCCACCAACAUAUUUGUUCAGAACUGUUUUAGGCUGUUAUCAGUGCAUAUUUCUCUCGGUGUACCCACUGUCACUGACAUUUUUAGUAGCGGGUUUAUUAAACAAAAAGAAAACGACGAAUAUCGAUUUUCAGUUAACUUGCUAAAGCAGGAAAAUAAUGAAAAGAAAGUCCUCUCAUGUAUUGCGACAAGUUGAGAAUCAUGAGUUGUGAGGACAUGGGGCUUAAAUAUAGCUAAUUAAAAUUAAUUUAGCCCAAAACGUAUGUGUUCUAUCCACUAAAAUGAUAAGAUAAUACAAAUAAAAUGAGAAAAUAUGAAUUCUUUAAUUUUUAUAUUUUAUUCAUACUGGAGUGGUGUGUAUUAUUGUGAUGUUUUUAUCAGCUGUUUGGACUCUCAUUCUGACGGCACCCAUUCACUGCAGAGGAUCUAUUGCUGAGACACUGAUGCAAUGCUACAUUUCUCCAAAUUUGUUCACCUGAAGAAGCAUAAGUAAAUUCUCAUUUCUGGGAGAACGGUUUCUUGAAAUGUAAUAAAAAUGAUGCCACAAUCUAAAAAAUGCAGUUGUCCUAAAAAUGGGCUUUAUUUUCUUUUGCAAAAUCUAAUUUCUUGUGUUGUCCUUUUGAUUUUGGUAUGAAAUAUGACCCGGACAUGAGUUUCAUGAGAUUCAUGUUUGGGUAAUUGUGGUGUUUUGAUUGUAUUCCGAGUCUGCUGUAGUGGAGCGAUGCCCUGCGUAACACUAUAAUGAACGCUUAGCAUGCACUAAGCAUUCAGCUGCAUUUUGCGGCAACACUAAAAACAAGGCGAGUUGUGUGUGUCAAAAAGAGAAAAUGAAUAUUUAUUAUUUGCAGUGCAGUGCUGCUCCUGUAUCACAGGGGUUUGUUUGUUAGGAUGGAGACUUUGUCUCUUUUAUUAAUGGUUUUAAGUGUUUGAGUGAGUCAAAAAGUGUUUGUAAGUGUUCUGCUGUUUUAUGCUGCUGUUGUUAAAGAUGCACCUUUGUCAUUUUUGUUAACUCACUGUGCUGAUUUGUUAGCAGGGAGGACUGUUAUCACAUAGUGCUGUACAUUUAGUGCCUUAAACAGGGACCUGAAAACUCUACAGAUGCUCUUAUGAGUAAUAUACACAUUCUGUCCAUAUGCUGUUUAGAAUCAUAUCUACAAAAUGGGUUUUAUUUAAAGUGGGGCUGUGGAUGUUUGAACCAAUGAGUAGAAUUGUACCUUUAGUUUAUCAUAGCUUUAUGAUGUCUUCGGUUAGUUUUCUGUGCAUCUACAUCCACAGAUGAUCAGCUGCACCAAAACAACAUGCCUUUGAAUCUAAAGAAGCCAAAAUAAACGAAACACUGUGCAUUGAAUACAGGUGUAGUAGAUGAAUGUGUUGUUUAAAAUAAAUCAGCUAACUUUGAUGCGUUGUAUUUAUAAUUAGAGAUUUAUUAUUAACUGGUUUAGAUUCACUGAUUUUGUAAACCUGUAGAUCAGGUCAAAAAUUUAGCUUAUGUUAUUUUCUGAGAACUGAUUGCAUUGAUACACUGUGUAAUAAAUAGAAUGCCUUCAGUGCUAUUGUUUUUUCAAUCCUUAA